AGUUUUUAUAAUUCUUUUUUUUUUCGGCCGUCUUCAUGGAGUUUCCCAAUUUAGGUCAGCAUUGCUCCAAAGAUACAUGCAAACGUUUGGAUUUCCUUCCAGUCAAAUGUGAUGCUUGUUCAUGUAUAUUUUGUUCUGAUCAUAUGAGCUACAAUAGUCACCAAUGCCAAUCUGCUUACAAAAAAAAUAUCCAGGUGCCUAUGUGCCCUUUGUGUAAUAAACCUGUACCAACACCUCGUGGUGAAGAACCAGAUUUCACUGUUGGCAAACACAUAGACAACGACUGUCAGUUUACUGAGGGUAAAAAGGUGUUUACUAAUAGAUGCUCAGCAGCUAAAUGUCGAGGUAAGGAAGCUGUGCCUUUGGUAUGUAAUGAAUGUCGCCAGAACUAUUGUUUCAAACACCGUCAUCCUUUGGACCAUAGUUGCACAGGUAGUGUCAAAGCCGUUCAAAGAAAAAUUACAGAUGUGAAAAAUAUCUUUGGAACCAAUGGAAUAAUUAAAAAGACUUUCACCGUAACUGCUAUACAGGGAAAUAUGAGUGAAGAUGAAGCAUUAGCUAGAGCUCUAGCUGAAUCUGAACGCUCAACAAAUGGAAAUAUCAAUAAUUCACAACCUAGAUGUUCAGUUUCAUAAAAUUUAGAUUUAGAUUUUAAAAACGAAAUGGUGAUAUAUUCAAAUAUGAUUGCAAAUGUAUACA